AUGGAAUCAAAAGCCUAAAGUAAUGAAAUAAAAUAACGAAUACUCAAAGAUCUAGGAGAAAAUCCUACUGAAAUGGAUAUCAGAUAUCUAAGCUAUGUAAAAAAUAUUUCAACUACUUAAAUUUAAUAGUGGAUUUAAGAAUCAUAUGGAUUUGAUUUUUAAAUAGAUAUUAAUCCAAAAGAAUGCCUAAUUUUGAGAAAUAGAAAACCUAAAGGUAUUAAGAGUGUUAAAGUUAUAAUUGAAACCAAAUAAAACAAUAUUAAUUAAAUUUAAAACUAAUAAGAAUAGUAAUAAAAAUAAGUUAAUGAUUCAUAGAUUUAGGACAGUAUAAAUUAAAAUAUAGCCUUUUAAAAAGAGUUUAAAACAACUUAAAAAAAUCAAUUGGUUGUUUAAAAAUAAUUACUAAAUAAAUAAAUUUCAGAAAAAAUUCCUAAUUAAUACAGUUCUGUAUCAAUAGUCAAUCAACAAAGCUAACUUUAGACUAAUAAAAUAAUAGGUAAUCAAACAUUAGAAAAUUAUUUUAAUAAAAAUCAAAAUGGUUAAAGUUUGAUAAAUUAACAACCAUUUUAAAUUGAUAUUAAAUAAGAAAAAUAAUCUACGCUAGAAUAAGAUUAAUAAGAAUUAAAUAAUUAAACUCUACUUUCAAAAAACUUUAAAUUAAAAUAAACUAAUUAAAAUACAAUUUAAAAACCUUCAGAAAUCUUAUCAUAGGAACAACAAAAUUUUGAUAAAGAAAUUCUCAAAUAUUUUACUCUUGUAAAAAAAAAUAAGAAUACAUUGUUUGAAUAAAAUCAAAAACAAAAUGAAUUGAAAAAAGUUUAGAAUAUUCUUGAUCAAUAGAAUUAUUAAUAUAUUCAUUAAGAAAAUGAAUAAUAACUAAAUAAAUUGAAUAUUUAAAACAAAUCUAAAAAUGACUAAAAAAAAAACUUAAUAGAGGAACAAAAAUUAAUGGUAAGAGAUUAAGAAAAAAAUGUAGCUUAUUUUAUAGAGGAAGGUUUAAUUACAAAUAAUUGUGAAGCAAAAGAGUCUAAUUUAAGUUAAGUGUCUUAAAUAGAAAAAAAUAAUAAAAACCCACAAAAAAAUCUUGUAGUCUAAAAAUAAUAAUAAUAAUAAUAAUAAUAAUAAUAAUAAUAAAAAUAAUAAUAAAAAUUAUAAAAUGAACAAAAUUAAUCUUUAUCACAUUUUCAAAGUCUACUUCCAAGUUAAGAAAAUAGUUUGAAUAAAAGUUAAAUUUAGCUAAAUAUUCAUUGUGCUUAAAAUAAAUCUUUAUAAUAGUAAAACUUUGUAAGAUAAUAAAAUUCAUUCAAUUAAUAAAAUAAUUUAGAAUAAUAGUAAACCUAAUAUUAAAAUAUAAAGCAAGAUACUAAACCCACUAAAAAAUAAUUAUCUAAUUAAUAAGAUUAAUAAUCUCUAAUCUAAGCGCCAAUCCUUACAUAUAAUUCUUAUUCUGAUUAAUAAUACUUAAAAGCACCAGUUGUUAAUUCAAAUUAAUCUACAUAAAUUUAAUCACUAUUUUAAAUGCCCUCUACAUUAUUAGAAUCAAAUCAAUGUUAGUAAAAUAUUAACUCUGAAGCAAAUCUUUUCCAAACAGUUCAAUAAAAAUUUGACAUUUUUUUUUCUUCUCAAAAUAAAUUUUAGUUGGCUUUAUUUUAAAAGCUUGAUCAAAUCAUAAAUUUAAUCUAAACACAAGAAAGAAAAAAAUGA